AUGACUUCUGUGUGGGCACGUUUUAUUGUGUUUAGCUUAAUGUUCCAUAUAAUUACUUGUGCUGUUAACGUCUCUACAGGACAAUUUAUAAUAGACCUAUUUGGAAAUCCAGUCAAGGACAUCAAAGAAACUUAUGAAAAUUUAAAAAAAAACAUAUUACUUCAAGACGAGGAAGAUAUCACGACAGUUAAAGCUAGUAUGAUAGAAGUGCCAUUAAAUACAGAGAGGUGUACCGGCAAUACUGUUAAGGAUAUAAAUGGAGUGUGUAGACAACCAUGUGCAAAUGGCCAUUUGAAAGAUUUGUUUGACGGAGUUCACAACAAACUACAUAAGGCAAGAGAAGACAUUCAUAACAUCAUCUUCCCAACGGAAAAAGAGCCAAACAUUAAUUACAAUGAACGGAAUGAACAGAACAGUUCUGUACCAAGCAAAUCGGAUAUUCACGUGAACCAAGAGGAAGAACAAGUUGAAGCCGCUACGCAAACGAGUAAUACUGAGAAAAUUGUCACCGUUAUUUCGUCUACUGAAACUACGAGUACGACUGAAAAGGGGAGAGAAAACUUUACAGGCAACUGCCUUCCAGGUUACAUACGCACUCCUGAUGGAAGAUGCAAGCCGUCCUUUUGA